ACCAACCUUGUUAAUCCCCUAUUCUCUCUCUUCACUUUCUGCUAAUAUCUAAAAAGGUUGAUAUUCUCAUCUUUUCUCUUCAAACUUAAGAUGGAGGAGGCUCUCGUACAGGAGCGGGCUGCUCGUCGCCGUAUGUUAACUAGGAUUGAGAAUUUGAUCAAGCAAACCCCGAAUCAGCAUGUUGAAUCCCACGACCUCAAGGCGGCCAGUAUCCGCCACCUUCCUUUAUCCCUUGAAGGGGAUACUCAAAAUUAUCCAUGCUUCUUUAAACCAUACCAAGGAGAACUACCUCUCCCGCAGAAGGAGAAAGAGGAUAAGUUGCUGAAAUUUAAGCCCGAUCCGGAUCAUAUCAUGUGGGAUACUCGUGAUAUGGAGAUAUUUUUCACCCGUUAUUUUCAUGACUGCUGGGAAUAUGCAUUGCAGAAGUACCCCCAUAGCCCUCCGCUGUCCGGUAUAUAUCGAGAAAUUGGAGAUUACAAAUUUGGCCAACUCCUGGAGUGUAUAGGGUUCAACUGCUAUGCUGUAUCAGUAACUGAUUACCCCCUGGGAAACUACCCACACUUCAAGGCCAUCUUGGAAAGUGAAGCAAUUGGGGAUGAUCGACUGCUUCGCGGAGAAAUCAUGACUAUUACCGACAUCAUGGCUACUCGUCUGAAGACCAAGUCGCUGCGCCAGCAUAUAGUUGCCCCAAUGCUAGUUGUGUCUCUCAUGGGUCCUCGCCAUUGUCGCGUCCUGGAGGCUGAUUUUGACGGAAAGUUUCUGAACAUCCGCGCUUCCAAGCUUUAUGAUUUCACGCAAAAGAACACCGAUACUGUACAAUUGCUGACGCGGUAUUGGCUUGGUGACGCGUGCGGCCAGACUCUGAUGGAAACAGGUGUUUAG